CAUGUAAAUUGCAACAACAAAUCCAACCCAAAAUUCCCUUCUCAUCAAUUCGCUCGAAGCUUACAGUUUCUUACAAAGAUGAAUUACGCCUGCAAAACCCACCAUUCCGCCAUGAAAAGCCACUUCACCCAUUUCAGGACAAUCGCUGGUCAUCGUAACCAUUAUCCGCAAGUGGUCUGCGCUAAUCCCGUGGUGUUCGAGGGUAAUGGACGUGCGACGAGGAGCAAAUUCGACUCCUCCGCCUUGCGGCUAAAUUACAAGCCUGGAAGUCCGACGACAGAGUUGCCCAAGGGAAGAGUAGCAAUAUUGGUCGACGACGAUGCCGCCAAGCCUCCGUCGACGGGGAAGUUCGGUAGGUUUGGUGGCAAGUUCGUCCCCGAGACCCUCAUCUCCUGCCUGGAAGAGCUUGAAGUCGUGUUCCGUCAAGCUUUGAGAGAUCCCCAGUUUCAGGAGGAGCUAACAACGGCGCUAAAGGACUACGUCGGCAGGGAAACCCCGCUCUACUACGCGGAGCGGCUCACGGCCCACUACAAGGCCCAAAACAUGGGCCGAGGCCCAGACAUCUACAUCAAGCGCGAGGACCUGACCCACUGCGGGGCCCACAAGAUGAACAACGCUCUGGCCCAGGCGAUGAUCGCCAAACGGAUGGGCCUCACCGCCGUCGUAGCGGCCACGGGCGCGGGCCAGCACGGCGUCGCGACGGCCGCCGCCUGCGCGAAGCUCGGGCUCAGCUGCACGGUCUUCAUGAGCACCGCCGACAUGGAGAAGCAGCCGUCGAACGUGGAUCUCAUGAACCUCCUCGGCGCAAAGGUCGAGCCGACGGCGGGGAGUUUCAAGGACGCCAGCUCGGAGUCGAUUAGGGUUUGGGCGGGACAGCUGGGGGAGGUCUAUUACCUGGCCGGCACGGCGGUCGGACCCCACCCGUGCCCGACGAUGGUUCGGGAGUUUCAAUCGGUGAUCGGGAGGGAGACGCGGCGGCAGGCGGCGGAGAAGUGGGGCGGAACUCCCGACGCGGUGGUGGCCUGCGUCGGGAGCGGAUCGAAUGCGCUGGGUAUUUUCCACGAAUUUGUGAGCGAUCCGACGGUGAGGCUGAUCGGAGUGGAGGCGGCCGGGUUUGGACUGGACAGCGGGAAGCACGCUGCGACGCUGGCCGCCGGCGAAGUCGGCGUUUAUCACGGCGCGAUGAGCUACUUGUUGCAGGAUGAGGAAGGGCACAUUGUACGCCCGCAUUCCGUCGGCGUUGGGUUAGAGUAUCCUGGGGUAGCACCAGAGUUGAGCUUUCUCAAGGAGUCGGGACGAAUGGAGUUCUGCUCAGCUACAGAUAAAGAGGCUGUCGAGGCGUACAGAAGGGUGGCGAGAUUAGAAGGCAUAAUCCCAGCACUAGAGGCUUCUCAUGCAUUUGCUUACCUGGAGAAACUCUGCCCUACUUUACCCGACGGCGCCAAAAUCGUCGUUAGUUGCAGCGGCCGAGGUGAUAAAGAUGCAGCAAUGGUUUCUACCUACAUGAGCCGUUGAGGAAAGCUAGACAGGGAACGAUGCAAAAACAAACAUAGUUGUAGUCUGUGUAGAUAAGCAAAUGCAACAACCAAUCUAUCAUUGUGUAAAACUAGAUAUACAAAUGAGAAGGUAGCAUAAAACUCGCUCCGAUUGCGACAGUUCGAUUUGAACAAGGAUCGCAUAGCAAAAGCAAAUCUAUCAUGAUAGGUCAAAAGAACCAAGAUUCCAAACAA